CGGCCUCUAGCCGCGCAGUCCGAGCGAAGAGCACAGCGCGGCGCAGCCGGAGCCGGAGCACUAGCGGGAGGUGCAGGGAGAGCCGGGCCGUUCGGAGUCCGCGAGCGAUGAUGUCAACCUACAAGCGAGCCACGCUGGACGAAGAGGAUCUGGUGGACUCACUCUCUGAGGGCGACGUGUACCCCAAUGGCCUACAGGUGAACUUCCGCAGCCCCCGGAGCGGCCAGAGGUGCUGGGCAGCUCGGACCUCGGUGGAGAAGCGGCUGGUGGUACUGGUGGCACUUCUGGCAGCAGGCCUGGUGGCCUGCCUGGCAACCCUGGGCAUCCAGUACCGGACAAGAACGCCCCCGGUAUGUCUGACGGAGGCCUGCGUCUCAGUGACCAGCUCCAUCCUAAACUCCAUGGACCCCACAGUAGACCCCUGCCAGGACUUCUUCAGCUAUGCCUGCGGGGGCUGGAUCAAGGCCAACCCUGUGCCCGAUGGCCACUCACGCUGGGGAACCUUCAGCAACCUCUGGGAACACAACCAAGCCAUCAUCAAGAAUCUACUUGAGAAUUCCACGGCCAGCGUGAGCGAGGCAGAGAGGAAGGCCCAGGUGUACUACCGUGCGUGUAUGAAUGAAACUAGGAUCGAGGAGCUUCGGGCCAAGCCCCUGAUGGAGCUGAUUGAGAAGCUUGGAGGCUGGAAUAUCACAGGCCCGUGGGCCAAGGACAACUUUCAGGAGACACUGCAGGUGGUCACCUCGAACUACCGCACCUCACCCUUCUUCUCCGUGUACGUCAGCGCCGACUCCAAGAACUCCAACAGCAAUGUGAUCCAGGUGGACCAGUCCGGCCUCGGCUUGCCCUCUAGAGACUAUUACCUGAACAAGACGGAAAAUAAGAUGGUGCUGUUGGAGUACCUGAACUACAUGGUGCAGCUGGGGAAGCUGCUGGGCGGUGGGGACGAGGACUCCAUCCGGCCCCAGAUGCAGCAGAUCCUGGACUUCGAGACAGCCCUGGCCAAUAUCACCAUCCCCCAGGAGAAGCGCCGGGACGAGGAACUCAUCUACCACAAAGUCACGGCUGCCGAGCUGCAGACCUUGGCACCUGCCAUCAACUGGUUACCCUUCCUCAACAGCAUUUUUUACCCAGUGGAGAUCAACGAGACGGAGCCCAUCGUGGUCUACGACAAGGAGUACCUGGUGCAAGUCUCCACCCUCAUCAACAACACAGACAAAUGCCUGCUCAACAACUACAUGAUGUGGACCCUGGUACGGAAAACAAGCUCCUUCCUGGAUCAGCGCUUUCAGGAUGCGGAUGAAAAGUUCAUGGAGGUCAUGUAUGGGACAAAGAAGACCUGUCUUCCCCGCUGGAAGUUCUGCGUGAGUGACACAGAGAACAACCUGGGCUUCGCCCUGGGACCCAUGUUUGUGAAAGCGACCUUCGCUGAAGACAGCAAGAACAUAGCCAGCGAGAUCAUCUUGGAGAUCAAGAACGCAUUUGAGGAGAGCCUGAGCACCGUGAAGUGGAUGGAUGAAGACACCCGAAGAUCGGCCAGGGAGAAGGCGGAUGCCAUCUACAACAUGAUAGGAUACCCCAACUUCAUCAUGGACCCCAAGGAGCUGGACAAAGUGUUUAAUGAUUACACUGCAGUCCCCGAUCUCUACUUUGAGAACGCCAUGAGGUUUUUCAACUUCUCUUGGAGGGUCACAGCUGACCAGCUCAGGAAAGCCCCCAACAGAGACCAGUGGAGUAUGACCCCACCCAUGGUGAAUGCUUACUACUCCCCCACCAAGAACGAGAUUGUGUUUCCAGCUGGAAUCCUGCAGGCGCCGUUCUACACCCGCUCCUCGCCCAACGCCUUGAACUUUGGUGGCAUUGGUGUCGUUGUGGGCCACGAGCUGACUCACGCUUUUGACGAUCAAGGCCGGGAGUACGACAAGGACGGGAACCUCCGGCCCUGGUGGAAGAACUCGUCGGUGGAGGCGUUCAAGCAGCAGACAGAAUGCAUGGUGCAGCAGUACAGCAACUACAGCGUCAACGGGGAGCCCGUGAACGGCCGGCACACCCUCGGGGAGAACAUCGCAGACAACGGGGGGCUCAAGGCGGCCUACCGGGCCUACCAGAACUGGGUAAAGAAGAACGGGGCUGAGCAGACGCUGCCCACCCUGGGGCUCACUAGCAAUCAGCUCUUCUUCCUGGGAUUUGCACAGGUCUGGUGCUCCGUCCGAACACCCGAGAGCUCCCACGAAGGCCUCAUCACUGACCCACACAGCCCCUCCCGCUUCCGCGUCAUCGGCUCCCUCUCCAACUUCAGGGAGUUCUCAGAACACUUCCACUGCCCGCCUGGUUCCCCCAUGAACCCACAUCACAAAUGUGAAGUCUGGUAAGGGCUGAAGCACAGAGUGCAAGCCGAUGGAAGAAGGGAAGGGGCCCGAGACCAGCUCCCAGCGGGGCUGGGUGUCAGCCUCCUUCCAGCCUCCAGGCCACCACCCAGCCCCUCUGCCGCCCAGGGCCCCUUCCCCACCUUGGAGGAUCUGCAGCCAUCAUGUCCAAGCCUAUGAUGGAGGUUCGUCACUCGAACCCAAGAUCUGACCCUCUGUGAAGGCCUGGCAUCCCAGACCCCCCUGUGUGAUGCUGGCAGGCAUUUGGGUAUCGAGCUGGUGGCUUGCCAACCCUGAGCCUCACGCCGACAAUGGCAACGGGACACAGCCCUUGCCCAUAUCCAAUGCCAGAUAUACCACAAUACCACUGUGUCAAAUGCUUUAAAGAUAUAUUUUUUGGGGGAAGACUAUUUUUUAAGCAUUAUGGAAUACACUGGAAAUCUUCAGGGAAAAAAAUGCAUUUAAAACAUUUUUUUUUAAGGAAAGAUUAGUAUAUUUAUUAUGUUCUCUUUUUCUAAAUAACCUGUGGACAAAGGAAGCCCUACUGAUUUACCCCAGGGGACCCCAGGCUGCUGAGCAGGCCCCGUAUUGAGCACUGCUUUAGCUCACGGCUGGGGUGAUUGCUUCUGCAGUCACCUGCACAGACAGGAGAUGUGAGGGCCAGGCAGAGGGAGGAGCCAGCUGAGGGACCUAGGUAUGGGCACGGACCUUUUCAGCUUCCCUGUCCUGUCUCUGGAGUCCAGCCAUGGGAACCCCAACAAGUUGAUACCUGUGGCAGCACGAAGCCAGAGUAGGACGUUGUGUGUAACGUGGGGGCACCUGAGCACUCUGGUCCAGACCAUAGGAACCCCUCGGGGCUGAGACCCCACCACCCUAUCAGAUGUACACUGUUGUCCAAAGAUGUCCUUUUUUUGGCCCCACCUCUUCUGGCGUUGGGAUCUGUUGCCUCUCUGGGGCAAUUCCCACAUCCUGAAGUGGACGGCCUCUUUGACCCUCUGCACCAGAGGAAAGAAAAAAGAGAAAACAGCCCAGUCCUCCCUCCAAGCUCUGUAGCCCGUAGUUGCCCUGGCCUGGUUCCCAGGACCCCUUCUCUAGUGCCUUACCCGAGGCUGCGGCCCCUGAGCUCCACUGAGGAGGCCCUUGGCUUUCUCGGUGGAGCCCCCAAGUGUCCUGACUAGAAGCCAAUACCAUACCCACACUCCCAGAACCCCCAGGGUUCCCGCCCCAACCUGCCUACAGGGCGGCCGUGCCAGAUGUCCAGUGUCGGGGAGCUGCUGGCCUCGAGCAGGCUUCCCGCCACCUGUGGCAGUCACGUCGCAUGAAACCACUCCUUGUAGGUGGAGGGAUCCCCCCUUUGUUGGAGUGGGGUGCUGUGAGCCAGAGGAGGAUGGAAUGGAAAGUUCCCAGCCCCUCUGGGCCACGGGAAUGCCAUCCACCCAAAGCAUCACCCAACCGUAGACCUGUGGGAUGCAUGGCUUCCUUUCGUUGGCGCCUGCUCACUGCGGUUCUCGCCACCGCUGUAGGGAGGUGAGCCUUGUGACCUCGUGCGAGGAGCCCAGUAAGUGGCCACCACAACCCCUGGCACACACACUACAGCCCCCGGCAGGCUGCACCCCACAUUACACGCGCGCGCACACACACACACACUCACCCUUUACUCCCCCAUUGCACAUGUACACACACGCACACACCCCAGAAGCCAGAAUCCUCCUUGGCCAGAAAGCACAGACAGCGUUCUCUCAGCCCUGCCGGCAUAGGAUUAGCCUUAGCCCUGGGACAGGGAGCUGCAAGGGGCCCCUGACAGGGUUUCCGGUCGCUGUGAGCACACUCGGAGUCUCCUAACUCUUCAGGGAAAGGUAACACCGGAGGCAAGAAGGUGCUGGAGCCGUGGCCUGCCACACGCAGGUAGGCCUUCUGGGUCUGCACCCUGCGCCCGGCCUAACUAACCCCCUGCCUCCCCGAGGAGCGGCUCUGCUGGAAAGAACCCGAGCCCAGCGUCUAGAAGCAGGGUCCUGAGCUGGGGUUCCACAGUGUACUCGUUGCUCUGGGUGUGCGGGGAGGGGAGACAGGAAGGCCCAGGCGGGGCGGGAACAGAUGGAUGUGAAAGCAGCCAACACCCCCCCUCCCGGCCCACACCCUCACCCCUUCAGAAAUUUGAGAACAACAGAAGUAAGAGGGCAGAUGCCCUCAGAAAGACCCCUCCUCGCAAGCUCGGAGUUUCCCUGCGGGUACAAGGACAUGGGGUUUGGAGCUGGGGAAUCUAUUUUUUGUAUUCUUACGUUUGUGCUACUGUGGUUCCGGUGUGGCACUAUUGUAAUUAAAAUAAAGUACUCAUACCAAGA